UUUAAUUCAAAAUCAGGGAGAAUUCCCCAUCUCUCUUUCUCAUUCCUCGGCUGAAACCCCCAAACACAUGUCUCUCUCUCUCCUUCUCGAAGGUACGUUGAGAACUCCUCAUCUCUCUCGAUAUGUUUCCGGCGAGGAAUCCGGCGCCGCCGCCGUCGACCAUCUCGCUGAGCCUUCGUUUCCAUCCUCUCUCAAUCUGUUCCUCUUCCUCAAAUCCUCUGGAGAAGGCGAAAAUGAAAAGCCCCAAUUUUUCUCCUUCAUCUAAAUCGUGCCCUAGCUCUUCCUCUGCCCAAAUUUUCGCCGCCCUGCUGCAACUUCCGGCGGCAUCGCCGCCCUCCGCGGCUCUGAAACUUCGGCAAAGUCGACGCCGUGCACCCGAGCGUCUUUCUCUCUCAAUUCCCGUUCACAAUAGAGCUCGUUUGCUGGCGAAUGGAGCUCGCCCUUCUCUCUUUCCCUGUGGAUCUCCGCCACGAAUAGCUCCGGCUAAAGGAAAGAUUUGUUUUCGAAUUGUCGUGAGUUCACACAUCGUGUCAAGUCAGUUUCCAUGGCCAAGUUUACUUUUCAAGAAGUGGAUGCUCUUCAGAAAGGAGGUAAUCAGCGUGCGAGGGAGUUAUUUUUGAAGGCCUGGGAUCCUGAGAGGAACAGACUUGUGGAUAACAG